ACUGCUGAGUUAGUUCUUCUUGUCGUGUUUGUUGAUUACUGAGUUACCGAAUCUCAGAGUCAAGCUUCCCAGCUCUUCCCGGCGCUUAGCAUUUCCCUCUAUAAAAAUUCUCUCCUUCCUUUCUAAACCUCUCAAAUUUCUUUAAUUUUUUUGUAUUAAUUUAAAUACCCAGUUUUCAACCUCCAAAUCCUAAUCGUUGGCGACAAUGGAAGUAGUUGCUUCUGCUCCGGGGAAGGUGUUGAUGACUGGGGGGUACUUGAUUUUGGAGAGGCCAAAUGCUGGGAUUGUUCUGAGUACAAAUGCCCGUUUUUACGCUAUUGUGAAGCCAAUUCAUGAAGAUGUCAAGCCUGAAAGCUGGGCAUGGGCAUGGACCGAUGUCAAACUAACAUCUCCUCAGCUUUCCAGAGAAAGCACAUACAAAUUGUCUAUGAAGCAUUUAACGCUUCAGUGUGUCUCUUCAAGUGAAUCAAGGAACCCUUUUGUAGAAAAUGCAAUUCAAUAUGCUGUAGCAGCUGGACGUGCAACUCUUGACAAGAAUAAGAAGGAUGCAUUAGACAAACUACUCUUACAAGGUCUUGAUAUCACAAUCUUAGGUUGCAACGACUUUUACUCUUAUCGGAAUCAGAUUGAAGCUCAUGGACUUCCUUUGACACCAGAUGCGUUGGCUGCUCUACCACCUUUUACAUCAAUUACUUUCAAUGCUGAGGAAUCAAAUGGAGGAAAUUGUAAACCUGAAGUUGCGAAAACUGGAUUGGGUUCAUCAGCAGCAAUGACAACUGCUGUAGUUGCUGCUUUACUUCAUUACCUUGGUGUUGUUAACCUUUCCGCCUUGUCUGAAGAUCCACACCAGCAAAAUUCCAUGGAUCUUGAUGUCGUGCAUAUGAUAGCUCAAAGUGCCCAUUGUAUUGCCCAAGGAAAAGUUGGCAGUGGCUUCGAUGUGAGUUCUGCAGUCUAUGGGAGUCAGCGUUAUGUUCGUUUUUCACCAAAAGUGCUUUCUGCUGCUCAGGUUGCAGUGCAAGGAAUGCCAUUAGAGGAAGUCAUUGGCAACAUUCUAAAUGGAGAAUGGGACCAUAAGAGGACUAAAUUCUCUUUGCCACCAUUAAUGACACUUUUACUAGGAGAACCCGGAACUGGUGGAUCAUCGACACCAUCAAUGGUAGGUGCUGUUAAAAAAUGGCAGAAGGCUGAUCCUGAAAAAUCCCAAGAAACAUGGAGAAAGCUGGCUGAGGCUAAUUCAGAACUUGAGAAACAACUCGACAUGUUAAGCAAAUUAGCCAAAGAACAUUGGGAUGCUUACAAAUGUGUGAUUGAUAGCUGUAGCAGGCUUAAACCAGAAAAGUGGAUGGAGGGAGUUACUGAGCCAAUCAAAGAAGCAGUUGUUAAAGCAUUGCUACAGGCAAGGGAUGCUAUGCUUGGGAUCAGAAAUCACAUGCGACAAAUGGGAGAGGCAGCAGGCAUUCCGAUAGAACCCAAAUCACAGACUCAACUUUUGGAUGCUACUAUGAAUAUGGAAGGAGUUUUGUUGGCUGGGGUUCCUGGAGCAGGUGGAUUUGAUGCAAUCUUUGCUGUUACCUUGGGGGAUUCCAGCAGCAAUGUGACAAAUGCAUGGAGUUCACACAAUGUCCUGGGCUUGUUAGUUAGGGAAGAUCCUCAAGGUGUUUCUUUAGAAAGUGGUGAUCCACGAAGCUGGGAAAUUACAUCUGGGGUUUCUUCAGUCCAUAUCAAGUGAGCUUGAUUUCUUUUUUGUAUUUGAUGAGUUAGGAAUGCCAUAUUAAAAUUUGGUGGAAAAUGUGAUUUCCUACAGAAAUUGUACUUUGUUUUGGAGAUUGAUUUAAUUGGGGAAGGGUUUUAAAUCGACAGAUAAAGCCUCCUCUAAAAAAAUCAACUGUCAUACAUUUAAGUUCCUUGAACAAUGAAUACAUAAAAUAAGAAAAAAAAAUAUCCUUCCCACAAUUGGGAAGGGUUCAUCUUGCU